CAGACUUGGCGGCCAUAUUGAAUAUUAUCUGUUGACAGUUGUGUCUAAAGGAAGCUCAAAGAUUUAGUUUUAGCCAACUUAUGCCACAAGUGAAGAUCUAUUUUGCUUUUAAGCUGAAUUAGGACCGAUGUCCUAAACUCUUAAUGGUUUAAUUCAACCCAAGAGAUGGAUGACGAUGAACGGCAAAAGAAAAUAGCAGCUGGAAAAGCUAAGAAAUCCUCCAACAUGCCCCGAAGUCAGUCGCUUGCUAGCUACCGACAGAAGCGGGCGAAAGGCGACGGUGCGGGGGCGCCGAAAAAGACGCAGAAGAGGAAGGGCCAGGCUGACUCGCAGAAUGACGGAGCGACGCAAGGCCGCCGCGUAGAACCAGCACUUCCUUCAGCCAGUGACAAAGAGCUGAACAAGAAGACCAACCAUGAGGAACCCCAGAAGCCGGAGAAAUCGGAGGUUGAGAAGAACCAACGACAGAAGGAUCAGCCCCCCAUCCUGGAGCAAAGCCUGUCCCCUGUGGAAGAUAUUAGAGAUGAGGAGCUCGCUGCACUCACUGGCAAAGAGCAGCUAAAGCAGUUACAGCAGGCUGUGGAGAAGCGUAAUGAGAUAAUUGCCAGGCUCAGCUCCAACCUGCAGGAGGCCCUGGCCAGCAGAGACCAGGUCCAACUGGAGGCACAGUCACUCGCUGGACAGAUCCAGGCGCUACAGAGACAGCUCCAGCAGACCAGUGUAGAGUUCCUGCGCAUCAAAAGUAAGUCAGGGGCCGACAUCUUCAGCUUUCAACAGCAGCAUCAGCUUGGCCAUUGCUCCCAAGAUGCAGACAUCAAUCAUAAGGAGGCACCAUCAGGGGAAUCUGGGAAUGCAAGUCCUGGCUCCCAGUCAAGUGUUGAAGGCUCCAGCGCUGGCAUCGACAGCGAGACAGACACUCUUCUGCACAAUCUGAGGGCCGAGCUUGAAGAAGAGAGGGAGAACAGCCAGCGCAUAUGUGCUGAACUAGCAGAGGAGAUGGAGAAACACCAAUAUGUGCUUUCCCUGCUAGAGGAGGAGAAGAAAGGCAGGGAGGAGGAGCGAAAAGAAAGGGAGGCACAGCUGCAAGACCUCCAGACCCAGUUAAGCGUAGUCCAAACUCAGUGCCUUGAGAUGCAGCAGUACAAAGAGGAGAAGGAGAAGCUGAACAGAGAGGUGCUGGAGCUGAGGAAAAGACUUCAGGAAGAGGGCGAUGCAGAGAGGAGGUUAAGUGAGGAGGUGGCCAGCUCUGCUCUUCGUCUCCAGAGACAGGAGGAGGAGAUGCAGAGGCUCAAAGAGUUGCACAGAGAGGAGGUGGAGAGAGUCAGGCAGCUUUUGGAGGAGAGGGAGAAAGAGCUGAGGUUCAGAGAGGAGGAGGUCAUAGGACUCAAAGCUUCUAAGAAUCGGCAGAACCAAGCAAAAGCUGGUUUUAGUUAUGAUGAGAAGAUCAGUGUAGGUGAGGCCAAUGUGGAAAGUGGACCUGAUGACGACAGCAUGAAUGUAUCAAUACCUGGGGAUAUUCUGAUGGAGCGCUACCUGUCUUCAGCUCCUCUUGCACACUCACAAUCCUCAGUGGUCAGUGAAAGCUUUGAGCACUGCAGUCAGCUGGACAUCUCUGCAGAUUACAGUUUUGAGCUCAACAGUGAAGUGCUGGGAGACUAGCCUCUCUUGUCAAUCUCAAACCGGAUCCCCGAAGAAAGUGACAACCGCCACAACACCUCUACCCCACAGUGCUCCCCUGGCAUCC